AUGAGUGAUCCGAUAUUCUUUGUGGUUGUUAUGGUGACACAGGUUCAACAGAAAAGGAUCGAAAUGAGAAGAGUCCUGAAAAAUGGAGAGGAUGCAUCAAUUGAAACGAUCCUCUACAUGCCAAAGCAUGAAUUUAUAGCAAAGGUUUCAAAACCAUUCUCUUCUCUGAAGCAUGAGAACUUGGUCGAACUAGUUGUUUACAAUUCGUAUGGCCUUGAGAUGGUCUUGGCAUAUGAUCAUUUUGCUCCACGGGGAUCCAGGAAUGUUUUACUUUGUGACGAUGGAACUGCUAAGAUAAUAGAUCCUUUUCUAUGGACUCAACUUCCCGAUUGUGAGGCAUGGUUCUAUGUGGAUGAGUUGGAUAUUAACGCUCAGGGAAAUGAUGUUUACAACUUUGGUAAGAUUCUCCUCGAGCUCUUGGCAUUACGACAGCUGAAUUCGAACAAGAUACACGAGAUUUUGGAUGAUAUAAUAAAAGGAUACUACCAGCCCGAGGCUGUUAAGAAGAUGGCUCAAAUUGCUCAAUGGUGCCUUCAAGAUCAAGGUUAUUUUCUUCCAGACAUGGGUGAUGUUGUACGACAUCUCGAGGUGUGCCUUAGCUUAACCGAAUCACAACACUCUCAGAGCUGA